UGAUAAAGACCUUUUUUCCCCCUUCCCCCCUCCUCAGCAAAUUAAGCUGCAGCUAUGUCAUGUUCGGAGAAUUCUGCUUCCAGCUCGUUUUCAGUGAAGUCUUUAAUUUGCUCCAGAAGAGCUGAACCUUACUGUCCUGGGGGUUAUUUGUCCUCCAGAGCGGACCAGGGCUACGGGGUGCAGAAUUGGCAAGUUGGCCUAGCACAUCGUAAACAAGGGGAGAUGAACAGCCAGCAAGGUAUAGGUUUGGUUCCACAUCAGUACGUGCCAGGCAUGGCAGGGUGGGCAAACUCGUCACCACCCAACCACACCAGCCGACUUCAGCAGAUAAACACUUAUUCCUUCACGUCCAGCGUGAAGGAAGAAGCCAACUAUUGUUUAUUAGACGGGGAUAAGCACUCGAAGACGCACUCUGAGGUUUCAGUCUAUCCGAGGGUGGUUUCUGAAACCUGCACAAAUGACAGUGGCAGGGUUCCCAUGCCCAGCUAUUUCCGUUCAGAACCGAGCUAUUCAUCAAACAAACCGACGGAGUACAACCAGCCACAGCCAGUCACUGCUCCAUGCUCGAUUCACUCCAGUGUUUCUUUCACUUCUUCCUUCGCUACGUCGUCCUCUUCAAAACCAGGUGAAAAAGAAUUAAAAGUGAGCACCUCAAAAGAUCAGGGCCGCGGAGUCCCGGGAAAGGAUACAGGGGGAAGAGAAAGUACCUUUGUACAAGAAACAUCCUCUUUACAGUUUCCUGGCGCGGAAAAACCCCUUCCCGAGAAGGAAAUGAAAGAGAGUACAAAGGCUGAGAAUACGAUAAACUGGCUGUCGGCGAAGGGCGGAAGGAAGAAACGCUGCCCGUAUACCAAGCAACAGACACUGGAGCUAGAAAAGGAAUUCCUCUUUAACAUGUAUUUAACUCGAGAGCGCCGCCUAGAGAUCAGCCGGAGCGUGAAUCUAACCGACAGACAAGUCAAAAUCUGGUUUCAAAACCGAAGAAUGAAACUGAAAAAGAUGAGCAGAGAGCACAGAGUUCGAGAAAUAUCGGCUACUUUCCCCAUUUGA